GCAUCAUUUACAGCAAGGUUUAUUUGAAAUAUUUCACUAAACAUACAAACAAAUGGUACGCAUCUUUUGAUGGAUGACAAAGAUAAACCUGAUACGAAAGAUACAGAAGAUCUGACGAAUACAGUAAAUGUUAACAAAGAUGUGAAGCCAAAUAACAAUACCAACCAAAAUGAUGCAGGACCGUCAUCCUUGCCUCUUCCAGGAGCUACAGAAAACAUCAAAAUCAAUCUACAAAUUACACCUGGACUAUCUAAAUCCGAACACAGUAUAUGCCACAUUAUCACUACCAAAGAUGUAGCAAAUGCUCUAAGAUCUCUAAACAUUAGUGCAAAUCCUGUCCUUAAAACCAAUAUAAAUGAGCUCAAAAUCCCGAUUUUCGACAAAGAUGACAAAGAAGAAGCUGAUCCGACGACGUUUGUUGAUUUGAAGAAAUUCAUGGCGUCUUGUUUUAAAAUUAAUAAAGAAACUCAUAGUGGCAUUAUUCUUGGUGACAUACAAAAUGUUGCAGCCCCUGUUAUUACUGGUGAAGUGAUACAAGAAGUUCCAAAUACAAGUUGCAAUACUGCUCCAAUUAAACCAAAUGAGGUUGUGGUAACAUCUGGGGUAGAGCAAAAAGUGUCUAAAGUGGGUUCAGACAAGAAAAAGACUUCAGGGAAUUUGUCAGAAAGAUCUACAGAAAGGGAAUUCCCGGUUGCGCAAAGGGACUCGCUUUCGAGUAUCGGAUCUAACGUUUGUAGAAUCUGCAUGACUAGAGGAAGGGAAAGAUUGAUAUCGCCGUGUAACUGCAAGGGAUCAUUGGCGAAUGUCCACCUGAGUUGCUUGGAGCGGUGGCUGAACCAAGUGGGCAGGAAUCACUGUGAGCUGUGUGGUUACAGCUACCCUGCCAUAAGGACCCCUCGGUACACCGUCCUCCAAGCCCUGAGGCUCUGGUUUGGGAACCCUCGGAAUAGGAGUCACUUACAGUCUGACUGCCUAAUAUUCUGGCUACUAUCCACCGUAACAGCUGGUCUGCUGGCGGUAUGCAUCGUUGGCACACAAUACUUUGUUAUCGAGGGCAAUAAAUUUGGUAAGCUCGAUGCAAGUCUUAGAAAGGAGGAAGGCAUAUCCCACCGCAUAACGGAAACAGCAAUGGACUUCUUUAUGGCAAUAGUGUUGUGCGGGUACUCUGUCACAGUAUACCUACUUUGGAAGGAUCACUACGUCAUGUGGAACAGGUGGCGACGAGCGAACGUCAAUGUGAGACUGUUACUGUCACCUGAUGCCAAUCCCGUGCCAUUCGUGCCCCGCCCGCGGUACAAUAUUGUGUGAAAUUAUCGAGUGAUUUCAAAAUUUCGCUGUGAUUUCUGGAACGUGAUAUUUUUGUCGUCGCCGUCGCUAUUAUAAAACAUUUUAUUAUUCAUGUUAACUCAUUGUUUCUUAAA